AGAGAAAGUCGAGGAGGCGGGGGGUGGUCGGGGGGGUAUGUGCUUUCGGUAAAGAACACAUCAACCGCUUUUCCCCCAUUAAUGUCUCGCCCAUAAAAAACGGCCGCCGUAUCUCUUCCUCCUCCUAUUCCUUCCCUUCUUCUCCGCUCGUUCCCGAUUCUAGUCCCGCGGUCUGGACUCGCCUCCUGCUGCCGCCGCCGCUCCGUCGCCGUCGCCGUCUCCGCCUCCACCUCCGCCGCCGUCGAAUUCCCCCUCCUUUUUGCUCCCCUUCCCGUCCAAAUGGAAGGCGAGUUCCAGGACUGGGAAUUGCUCCACAGCUCCGACUCCGACUCGGUCGACAACCCUAGGAGCCUCGACGAGAUCGAGGAUGAAUCCGGGGGCAUGAUCCGCCCCGAUUACUUCUCCCUCGACGGCUCUGCCAUGUACCCCGGGCCCCCACCGUCCCCGCCCCCGCCCCCGCCCCCGCCCUCGCCCCCGGCGCCGGCUCCGGCUCCUCCGGCUCCGGCUCCGCCGCCGCCAGCGAGGCGGGCGACUCCGUCCACUCCGAUAACCCCAGCUGGAUCGAUCCCGGCUCCGAGACCCGGUACCAGCGGAAGGACCCGGGCGGGUUCUGGUCCGACUCCGGCAGCGACCUCUCCGACGAGCGCAAGCUCGGGGAUUUCGAUCCCAAGGGCGAACUACUCGUCACCGCGGAGAAGGAGGUCGCCGGGGAUUGGGGGUAAGAGUGAGGAGUUGGCUUUCGGGUUGGGGGAGUUCGAUUUGGGCGAUUUGGGCGUGAAGGGCGAGUAUGGUUCCUCUGGAGGUGCCGAGAAGCAGGUAGAUGUUGGUGAAAUUCAAGGUCUUGGGGAGGAUUCCCCGAAGUUCUGGUCUGCUUCGGGUGGAAAGAGAUUGGCUGCGCUGAAACUUGGAGAGGACAUGAGCGGGGAAGAGGUUUUGGGGGUUCGAAAUGAUCAGGCGGCAGAGGCAGAGGGUGGGAACGGAGCUGUCGAGGACGAAGGCCUCGCGAUCAAAGCAGCCAAGCCGGAGGGUGAUGAAGAUAAAAGAACAGUGUGGUGGAAGGUGCCUUUUGAGCUGUUGAGGUUCUGUGUGUUUAGGGUCAGUCCCUUUUGGUCGCUCUCCGUAGCUGCUGCUUUUAUGGGAUGUGUCAUCCUGGGGAGGAGGCUGUACAAGAUGAAGCAGAAGAGCCGCACUUUGCAGCUGAAGAUUACCGUGGACGACAAGAAGGUGUCCCAGUUCAUGAGUCGUGCAGCACGUCUCAAUGAAGCAUUUUCAGUGGUGAGACGUGUCCCGGUUGUGCGGCCUUCACUUCCUGCAGCUGGUGUCGCUACAUGGCCUGUCAUGAGUCUGCGAUGAAUGUCGUUGAGAUAGUCACAAGAAGCUGCAGAGUAUGUUAACAGGGCAGCUCUCUAUAGUACAUUGCCCUGUUUUGAUUGGUAUGCGUUGUAUCGAUGUAAGUGGUACAACUGUUUGUGUAUAAUCUCUCAAAUUUGUCUGUCUGGGCUUGUUUAAAAAGAUAUCGGACCUUGUGGGACUCGACCCUAAAUCUCUUUCUUUUGCUGUGCCUUUUCUCGGGUAUGUACUCAUGUAAUUAUGGUUCUGGUGAAUAUGAAUGAAAAAUCCGAUGAAACCAUUUAAAUGUGA